AUGUCUUCUCCGGGGUUCACUGGCGGAGCUGGGGCGUCGGGGUAUUUCGCCGGGGCGGGUGGUUUCAGCGGGAGAUCCAUUCCGGCGGCCACCAUGAACAACCCCAACGCCGCUGCGUCUGCCACCACCAACCUCCACCCUCUCUACCGUGCCCAACAACAGAACCUCCCCGCAAUGUUUCUAGAUCCUUCCUCGCAGAUCGCUCAACGCCAAACACCAACCCUCAUCGGUAAACGCACCCUCACAGAAUUCCAAACCUAUAACCAGACAUAUAACCAAACCAACAACAACCCUAACCACGUCCUCUCUAACCUUUUGCUUCGUUCCGUGAAGCCCCGAACCAAUUUUCCUCAGAGUUCCAUGGAUAAUUUUCCCGAAUUGCAGAACCAAAACCCUUCCGUUUACCAACCGCAGCGUUUUGGUGUUCCUUUACUUCACCAGCUCCGUCCCCAGCCCAUUAACCUUCCCAGCAACGGGCCUGGACCCAUGACGGGCCCUAAUUUCGGGUACCGGAACUCCAAUUUGGGCUUGCCACAGAACCGGGUUCGGCUAUCUGUUCCCCUCCCGGUUCCGGUUCAGGUGGCUGAACCAGAGAAGAAGAACAUCGAUCACCGGCUUCUGGAAUUGGAGAAGCAGCUUCUUGAAGACAACGACGAAGAAGGAGAAGCCGAUGCUGCAUCUGUGAUAACCACCAGCGAGUGGUCAGAGACUUAUCAGAAUUUAAUCAGUCCCGGUCCGGUUCAGAAACCGGUUUCCACGUCGCCGACUUCGUCGACCGCGUCUUCUACAUCGUCUUCUUCCUCCGUCGCAUCACCUGCUUCUGGAUGCUCGAAGCAAACGCUCAUGGAAGCCGCAUCUGCAAUUGUCGAAGGAAAACAUGACGUCGCGACGGAGAUCCUGAACCGGUUGAACGGCCCCAACCGAACUGAUAGGUUAACCGACUGCAUGGUUUCGGCGUUGAAGUCGAGGUUGAAUCCGGUGGAAUAUCCACCUCCUGUGGCGGAGCUUUUCAGCCAGGAACAUGCAGAAUCGACUCAGUUGCUUUUGGAAAACUCCGUGUGUUUCAAGGUAGGGUUCAUGGCUGCCAAUCUUGCAAUUUUGGAAGCAGCAUUUGAAGAGAAGACGGAGAACAGGUUCUGCGUGGUGGAUUUUGAGAUUGGACAGGGAAAGCAGUAUCCGCAUCUCCUCAACGCGCUUUCAGCGCGUGGUCAGAACGCGACGCUGAAGAUCGUGGCGGUGUUCGAAACCGGCGGAGAGGACAAAGUGCGUGCAGUGGGAGACAUGCUGAGUCGAAUCGCGGAGAGGAUGAGGAUAGGGUUCGAGUUCAAACUGGUGGCAACUAAGAAACUCACCGAGUUGACUCGCGAGUCCCUGGGAUGCGACGCGGACGAGGUUCUCGCGGUGAACUUUCCGUUCAAGCUGAGCAAGAUUCCCGACGAGAGCGUUUCCACUGAGAACCCUCGCGAUGAUCUUCUCCGGCGCGUGAAGGGACUGGCGCCGCGCGUGGUGACCAUCGUGGAGCAGGAGAUGAACGCAAACACAGCGCCGUUUCUGGCUCGCGUAGCCGAAACACUGUCAUAUUACAGCACGAUGUUGGAAUCAAUUGAGGCUACCACAAAUAGGGAUAACAAUAACAGCAACAACACUGACCGAUUCAGACUGGAAGAAGGACUGAGUAGGAAGUUACACAACUCAGUAUCUUGUGAAGGCAGAGAUCGUGUGGAGCGAUGUGAAGUGUUUGGAAAAUGGCGGGCGCGUAUGACCAUGGCAGGGUUCGAGCUAAAGCCACUGAGUCAAAACAUGGCCGAGUCAAUAAAAUCGCGACUCACCUCUGUCAACAACCGAGUCAACUCAGGACUGAUCGUGAAAGAAGAAAACGGUGGGAUUUGCGCUGGUUGGAUGGGAAGAACACUCACGGUCGCAUCUGCUUGGCGUUAA